UACUGGGAGAAACGGUACUUAAGUUUUUAUUUUUCCAUUUAUCGGACAGCAUUCUCGAAUCCAGCGUGGAAUACAACUUUGCUAUACUUGUCCUGAAUGUUUUCAUGAAAUUAAUUUCUGCGGAAUGUGUCCUGACGUCAUAGCGUGCGCAUUCUUCUCGUAAGAAAUCAACCAAGAACCUAAAAAGCCAUCUGGCACCUGCAAGCAGCAAUCCUUCAGAUAUGUGGAGAACCUAUCAAUGGUUGAGCAGCCUCCGAACUUUGCACAUAUUUUUUGAAGGCCAACAACACUUCCGUGUCCGAGAAGCAAACCCGCUUCUUUCCGCUUCGUGUUCACACAAAAUAACACACAUAAACAUCCAACAAUGUCACCUCAAGCUGUAAACGAUGGAUCUGUCACCUCGAUCGAUAAGAAGGUCCGCGAUGAAGUCCGCACUAUUGAUUUUCUUCAUCAUGAGCACGAACACCAGAACAACGGCUGGGGGCGCGGUAUCGUAAAAGAUUUUCGUAAGACAAUCGGAACUCACUGGGUCAACGAAAUGACCAACUUUAACCAGAAGUCGAUUGCUGUUUCCUUUUUCAUCUUCUUUGCGGCUGUCGCUCCCGCGAUUACUUUCGGUGCCGUCUAUUCCAAGACUACUAAUGAUGCCAUUGGCGCUGUCGAGAUGCUCAUUGCGACUGCUUGGUGCGGAAUUGUCUACGCACUUAUGGGAGGACAGCCCAUCAUGAUCAACGGUGGAACCGGUCCCGUUCUCGCCUUUAGUGCCGUGCUCGUCGACAUUGCCGACAACAUGGACGUCAACUUUUUGACUUUAAAUGCCUGGACUGGUCUCUGGGUUGCAGGAUUUUUGUUCAUUGCGGCUUUUGUUGACUUAAACCGUCUCUUGAAGCAUGCUACUCGCUUCACCGACGAAAUCUUUGCCCUGUUAAUUGCGUCCAUCUUCGUGAUUGAUGCCCUUGGUAGUCCCUUUUCUGAUGUAGGUAUUUACUGGUACUUCACCCGCAGCCAUGAUUCGCAUGACGAAUUCGAAGACCAGGAAGACUACUCAUACAUGGCCACAGCCUUUCUCAGCGCCGUUCUCUGUCUGGGAACAACCUGGUUGGCCUUCUUCCUGAGGGAUAUUAAGUUUUCGCCCUACUUUCCCAACGAUUCUUGGCGCACUCUCAUCUCCGAUUUUGCCGUGGUUGCCUCCAUUCUGAUCUGGACUUUGAUUGCCAACGGGCUCUUCGACAAUGUUGAAGUGGAGCGCCUCAAUGUCCCGGAUAGUAUCACGCCGACUCAAAUCUGCUGCACCGCCGAUUGCAUGACGUCGUUCCCCGAUGACUGUCCCGAUAUUACACCGUACGGACGCCGUUCCUGGAUUGUGGACCUUGGUGCCGUCAAUGGAAAGUCUUGGAUCCCUUUUUUUGCCGCCAUUCCGGCUCUUUUGGCAUUUAUCCUUGUUUUCUUGGAUGAUGGUAUUACCUGGCAUUUGAUCAAUCACCCUAGCAAUAAGCUUACUCACGGAGAUGCUUACAACUGGGACACGGUCGUUAUUGCUGCUAUGAUCGCCGUCAACUCGAUGCUUGGUCUUCCCUGGUUGGUCGCCGCCACUGUCCGAUCCCUCACCCACGUCAAUGCUCUCGCCGAACGUAGUGAGAACGGCAAAAUUAUCAGUGUGCAAGAAACACGCUUGACGCAUUUGGGUAUUCACUUGCUUGUGCUCGCUGCUCUCUUUGCAUUGGAUGUGCUCAAGCUCAUCCCUGUGCCAGUCUUAUACGGAGUCUUCUUGUACAUGGGAGUGGCCAGCUUGGCCACCAACCAGUUCUUCCAGCGCUUUCUGAUGUUUUUCAUGCAGCCCUCCAAAUAUCCGGAUGAGCCGCACACCAAGUUCAUGGCUCCAAAACGUAUGCAUCUAUUCACAGGUAUUCAGCUUGGACUUUUUGUGAUCUUGACUGUCUUCCGAUCCAUCUCUGUGAUUGCCAUUGCCUUCCCGAUCGUCAUCAAGGCCUGCAUUCCAGUCAGGAUGUACAUGUUACCACGUUACUUCACCGAAGAAGAGCUCAUCAUGAUCGAUACCGAUGAUAGUAUCGUCGACGAGUAUCUCAGUUACAAGGAGUUCAGGGGCGAGAAAAUUCCGGUCCGUCACCGAGGCCAGCAAGAACCCGAGGAAGUGCCCAUGGUCCGCAUUACGGAGCACCCGAACUUACAUGUUGCUGCAGAUGACGGCAGCUCAGAAAAUUCUGGCAACAAGGUUUGAAAUCCAUAAGAAAGCACAACGAUUCAAUAACAUCAAAUUUGUCCGUGCCAGUCUCGCAAGAUCAUGCCGCCCGUUCCAGUUCUAGAGAAACUAAUUUUGCAGGUAAUGAGAAACGUUUUAUCCAUAUUCCCAAACACCUAGUGUCUCUUUGAUCUUGUAGACUUUGACGCGCUUGAGUGUACAACGCAGACUUCAUCCGCCUCAAAUGAGAUGUCAAGAAUGACAUUUCAAUGAAAACAAAUUGCAACGAGUUCAACCGCAUUUUAUUUGCUGAUCUUACGGUUUCGUCCGUCACGCACGUUACGUUUCCAUUCAGGCGGCAAAUCGUUCCAGGGAAUAUCGUGUCCAUCCUGACCACCCAGUAGCUCCCGAUACGUUUCAACCGGGACUGCUUGGCGGAGCUGCCAUAGGACACCACUGGAGACUUGCCCGCGUUUACAGGCUUCCCGAAAAACAGUAGGUGCGAAGCUACGAUCCUUGACCAAAAGAUUGGCACACGCUUUUAAGACAGUCCCAAACGUAAAGUGGUCAGGACCGUAGUCGCGAAGCACUUUAUGAUACAGUUUCUUGACGAGUUCUAGCACUCGUGGCGUGGAUCUAGACGUUGCGCAUGCGUUCAGUAAAUUAUUGAAGGUAUAGCGAUUUGGCAAUACAUCAUUUUCUUUCAUUUUCAGAAAUACCUUGUACGCUUUCAGCGCUUUGUCCUCUUCUUUCGAUACAGCAUAUGCAUGAAUGAGAGUCGAAAAAGAAAUAGCGUUGGGCUUUAGCGACAUAUCUUGUGUCUUUUCAAAACGAAUCAAAACUUCUUCCAAUAACGCAUAGGCUCGAUCCACGCGUCCAGACUGACUCCAAGCGUCCAUAGAGGUUGUGUAAGAACGCGCAUUGGGUGAAAUUCCGCGAGUUUGCAUUUUGUCCAGCAUAGCUUGUACCUGUUCACCGGCAUCCGCGUUUCCCGACCGCGCUAUCGCGUGCAACACGUUAUUGUAAGAAAUGACAUCAGGUUGCAUUGGAAUGGAUGCCAAGAUAUCUAGACAUUCAGAUACAGCCACUUCGCCACCACAUUUGGCAUAGGCAGAGAGCAAGGUAUUAUACGAAAUCAAGUUUGGUUCCAGAGCCAAAUCGCCAGUUACCAGGAACGCACUCUCCAAGUCUUCAAGGAUCUUUUCGGCCCGUCGAGCCGCCUCUAAGUUUCCUUUGCGAGCCAGGGCAUCCAUGACGGUACUGUAGCUACGUACGUUCGGUUUGAUGCGGACCCGUGGAGGGCCUUGCGAAAUCUCUAUAUCCGACAGGGUUCCAUCCGAAAGGCGAUCGUACCAUGCCCGAUUGGCUUCGACUUGACUUUCGCAGAGAUCCUUCAUAUCCUGUAAAAGCUGCUCCGCUACUUUGGUUGAGGGGACUUGAAGAAUGCGGGCCGGGGUGACUUUCGCCACGGCUUUGAUUACGGAGUUGUAAGCAACGGUAUCGGGACGUUUCAUAUUUCGCAAGGUCUCCAGGGCCAGAGUGGCGGCGGUCACAUUCCGCUGGCGAGCGCACUGUGAUGCCCAAUCCGCCAACUGUAGAUUUAUUUGGUAAGUUUCUUUAUCUUCGUCGUGUUCCAAAGUCUCUGAAGCGGAUUGAUUAUGAAUGUGUUGAGCGGGAUCGCCGGACUUGACGGAAGCUGAGCGUGAAGAGGCAUAUAGCGGUAUUUGCGUUCUCAGGAUCAAGGACGGCACGCCGUGCUCUCGGAGCUGAGCGCCUGUGGACGGUGUCCAGCUUUCCGUAAACGUCAAUAGUAACAUGAGCGCGUUGCAAAGUACGACCCAUUGAUUCAUACAACUAAGAUUGACACGGGUACGGAUUCUCAUUCUGGCAAGCGGCCUGCCUUGAGAAAAAUUAGGUCUUUUCGUAAUCGGCCCGUCGAACGAAAGAGCCUCAUAAUUUUGGUCCGCAGCUACCAUGAAAGCACCCUUUGACAAAAAAGCGUCUUCAAGACCCUCGAAGACCCGACUGUUCGUUGUCGUUUCCGUUAGCUGUG